AUGGAAAUUAUAGUACGUGGAGCACACCUAUGCAAUUCUAUUUGUUUGGACAAGAUCUUUGGGGGUAUAGUCGGUGGUAGUGAAGUUACAAUACCAACCGAUCCAGAAGAACUAAAGAAGUGGAAGAUUAGGGCCGAAAGAGCCAUGUACGUGCUAGCAGCAACCGUCGAGGAUGAGUUGUUAUACCGCAUCAAGGAUGCGAAGACACCCAAGGAGGCGUGGGACACCCUUGCAGCUUUGUUCUCUAAGAAGAACGAUGCUCAACUUCAGCUUCUCGAGAAUGAGUUGUUGUCGAUCCAGCAGAACAACAUGACGGUGAACCAGUAUUUCACCAAAGUUAAAACUUUGUGUGAGCACAUCACAAAGUUAGAUCCUGAAAAUCCCAUCACAAAAACGAGGAUGCGCAGGAUUAUUAUGUCUGGAGUUUCCGUCAAGGAUGAAGAGAAAGCUCUUUUUGGCAACAAGAAGUCAAAUAAGGGAGGUGAUAAGAUAUGCGAGUCAAGUAAUCAACCUGGCAAGUCAAACAGACAGUCAUGGGGAUUCGAAAAAGGACAACGUAUAGGAGGCUUCCAUCGAGGGGGAGCUCGACAAGAUCGACAACAGGAUGAGAAGGAAGGGAAAAAUCAAACACGACGAGAUGUCGUGUAUUAUAACUGCAAGAAGAAGGGACACUAUGCUCGAGACUUUGGUCAAACCAGCGAUGGAAUGCUGCAGCUUCGGUGGAGCAUGAAAGCCGAAGUGAAGUCGAGUGGGAUGCACAAGCAUCCUACGCAGUUGAAGAGGAACAGAUCUUCGACAUGGAGCGAGGUUGUGAUAACAGCAAACAUCUCAAAAUUGCCAAUAACCCAUAUUGGCAAGGCAGUGGUGAUUCCACUAUUCAGCAACAAGCAAGUUCAGCUAGAUAAUGUCUACCAUGUUUCUGGUAUGACAAAGAAUCUGUUGUCAGUUUCACAACUGACAGCAUCCGGAAACCAUGUUGUUUUCGGUCCUCGUGACGUGAAGGUGUACAAGACUAUGGAAGGAAAUUCUUCUUUUAUCUUAGAGGGACGACGUCCUGAAUCAGUCUAUGUGAUGUCUGCUCAAACGACAUAUGUAGACAAAGCGAGGAAAAAUGAGACAGCUGAUUUAUGGCAUGCAUGCUUGGGUCACGUGAGCUACAACAAGCUCGAAGUGACGAUGAAGAAGUCGAUGCUUAAGGGUCUUCCUCAACUAGAUAUCAAGGAAGAUAUAGUUUGUGUUGGAUGUUAA